GUCCAGGCAAAUGUUGAGAAGGCGCUGACGCUGUUUGGCCAGCUGCUGACGAAGAAGCACUUCCUGUUGACGUUCAUACGGACCCUGGAGGCGCAGAGGUCGUUUUCGAUGCGGGACCGAGGCAAUGUGGCAUCUCUGAUCAUGACAGCCCUGCAGGGAGAGAUGGAGUACGCCACCGGAGUCCUGAAACAGCUGCUGUCCGACCUGAUAGACCGAAACCUGGAGAGCAAAAACCAUCCCAAGCUGCUGCUCAGGAGAACGGAGUCCGUUGCUGAGAAGAUGCUGACCAACUGGUUCACAUUCCUCCUCUACAAGUUCCUCAAGGUAAGCAAUUCAUAA